AUGUUGCACAGAGCAGUUGGAUUGAGAUAUCAAAAUGCUGGCAAGAUUGCCAGGAAACUAGGGCAAGUCAGAAACUUGUCAAUUCACGAGUAUCGUUCUGCCGAAUUACUGCGUAAAUACGGGGUGGGCACGCCAGCUGGAGAAGCAGCGGUGACACCAGAAGAAGCGUAUGCCGCAGCGAAAAAGGUGGGCCACAAUGCAUUGGUGGUCAAGGCGCAAGCGUUGACAGGUGGGCGUGGUAAGGGUCACUUUGACACAGGGCUCAAGAGUGGUGUUCAUAUGAUUGAAACGCCUGAACAAGCGCGCGAUCUGGCAAGCCAGAUGCUUAACCACAACUUGAUAACGAAGCAAUCCGGUGCCAAGGGUAAGUUGGUGAGCGCGGUAUACGUGGUGGAGCGUGUGAACGCCAAACAUGAGGCGUACCUGUCAAUUUUGAUGGACAGAAAGUCGCAGAAGCCCCUAAUUAUUUGCUCGAGUGAAGGUGGUAUGAACAUUGAAGACGUGGCCAAGAAGAACCCUAACGCGAUCAAGAAGUUUUAUGUGACGGAGUCUGAGGGUCUCACGCCAGGUAUGGCUGCGGAAAUUGCCAAGAACCUGGGGUUCUCACAAGAAGCCGAAGCAGAUGCAGCAGACGCCGUUACCAAGCUGUAUAAGAUCUUCAAGGAAAAGGACGCCACGCAGAUCGAGAUCAACCCGCUCAGUGAGGUUUCAGGCCAGAACACGAAAGUAAUGUGCAUGGACGCCAAGUUCGGCUUCGAUGACAAUGCGUCCUUCAGACAAGAGGAGGUCUAUUCCUGGAGAGACUUGUCACAAGAGGAUCCAGAUGAAGUGGUGGCCAAGAAAUCGGAUCUGAACUUUGUGAAGCUUAAGGGUAACAUUGGGUGUCUGGUGAACGGUGCCGGGUUGGCAAUGGCUACCAUGGAUGUGAUCAAGCUAUACGGUGGGGAUCCAGCCAAUUUCUUGGACUGUGGUGGAGGAGCCACGCCGGAGACCAUUGAGACCGCCUUCAAGCUGAUUUUGUCCAACAAAAACGUGGACGGAAUUUUUGUCAACAUCUUUGGUGGUAUCGUGAGAUGCGACUACGUUGCUGAAGGUUUGGUCGCUGCUACCAAGAACCUGUCAGUGACGGUUCCUAUUGUGGCGCGUUUACAAGGUACCAAGUUGGAAGAAGGCCAAAAGAUCAUUAAGGAAUCCGGGCUCAAGAUAUACUCAUUUGACGAAUUGGAUCCUGCGGCACAAAAGAUUGUCGAGCUGGCCAACGCGUGA